UUUCAAGGAAAAAAGAAAAAAAAAAAAAAGAAAAAGAAAAGAAAAGAAAAAGUAUCGACUGGAAGAAACUUACGUCUCGUAAAAAAAAUUGUGAAUUAUUAAUUUUUAAUCGCCUAGACGGAUCAUUUCUGAACAUUUUGUCCAUCGCAUGGAAUUACUAGAGAUUUUAAGACUUUUAAGUUAUUUUAUAAAAAGAUGGUGAAGGUAGGGAGCGAAACGACUGUGACUCUGUAAAGUAACCGUGUAUAAAAUGAAACUCUGCGUCAUAGUUUAAUAAAUUGUCCCCUUGUUGAAAAAAAAAAAAAAAACCAAUUCGAGCUGGACUUUGUCCCCUGGAGAUGCCUUACAGUACGCCCACCCGUAGUAUUGUCUCUAAUAAAAAGCAGAAAUCGUUGGUGCGCAGUCUCCGUUCGAGUACAGUGACCCUCAUCGUUAUCGGGCCGUCUGUCAAGUAUCAGAUAUAAUAUUCCUUCCUCACGAUUCGGUUCACGCAUCCAGUAAUUCGGUAUUUCGAUAAAAAGAAUAAAAUCUUCUUAUAUGGAAAAAAAAAAAACGAUCGAUAAAGUAAUUUUCAAUCCAAAAUUAAUUCCGUUUAAAAAAAAAAAAAAAAAAAGAAAUAUCACUCUCUGUAUCUCUCCCCGGAUUGGGAUGACGCGACAAAGAUAAUUAUUUUAAUACAGAGCGGUGACCGACCAGCGAUGAUUCUAACCUCGAACCUGUUCCCCGAAUGAGAACCUCGUUUUUAUCAACCUCGAUGCGAGAAAAUUUGCGGUCGGAUCGCGUUACGUAAUCGCGUUCGUUAUCAGACCAAAGAAAUGAAAAAAUACAAGAGAAUCCGUAUUGCGUCGAUUCUCGUCACCGUGUCUAGUGUGCUCUGGAGGACAUUUGUCGAAACUAGUUGAGUCGAAUCGAUCAAUACCAACGUCGGGAGAAAGUUUUGAUUAUUGAUUUAUUGAUCAUCUUCGUCGAAGAGAUGAAAGGGAGGAAAUAAUCGUUCCGUGCCCUCGACAUAGUUUAUCAACAAUCAUCAAAAUCAUCGUCGUGGGGAACAGGCACGCGACUGUUUACAUUGUUAUGUACACAUCGUUAAAGUCUCGUCAAAUCUUAUCAAGUAUUAUUGCGCACAAAUCUCGGAUCCCUUUCUCGAUCCAGCUCGAUUCCAGAGUCCAGAAUCGAGCAGAUUCGAUCCUCGAGUGUUUGUCGGCGCUGUGAACCGAGUAAAUCGCGUAGUAAAAAUGGGUGGUGAUAAAUUCGAGUUCGCCAUAGAUCGCGGCGGCACGUUUACCGACGUGUACGCUAAGUGCCCAGGCGGGAAAAUUCGAGUGAUGAAACUGCUCUCCGUGGAUCCUGCCAACUACGACGAUGCCCCGCGCGAAGGUAUUCGCAGGAUUCUCCAACAGGAGACUGGGAGAAAAAUCGAAGGAGAGAUAGACGGAUCGUUGAUAUCGUGGAUUCGAAUGGGCACGACAGUUGCCACGAACGCUCUUUUGGAGAGAAAAGGCGCGAAAAUGGCGCUGUUGAUCAACGAAGGAUUCAAAGAUCUUCUUUUCAUCGGGAAUCAAGCACGCCCCGAUAUAUUCGACUUGCAAGUAGUCACUCCAGAAGUAUUGUACGAAAAGGUAGUCGAAGUUGAGUGCAGAGUGAUACCCGCAUCGGUUGGAAAGUGUCAGUUGGAUCACAAGAAAUGGCGCAGAGUGAAGGGAUGUACGGGGGAGGAUCUAUUUAUCACUCGAGAAUUGGACGAGGAAAAGUUGAAAUUAGAUCUGGAGGAAUUGAGAAGAUCGGGGAUCGAGAGUUUAGCCGUGGUCCUCGCGCACAGUUACACAUACGGCGAACACGAAAUACGAAUAGGGGAAUUGGCGAAACUCGUUGGUUUCCCCCAAGUUUCGCUUUCGCACGAAAUUAUGCCUAUGGCGAGAAUGGUUCCUAGAGGAUUCACAGCCUGCGCCGAUGCAUACUUGACCCCGCACAUUAAACGAUACUUAGAGGGAUUCUCUUCUGGUUUCAAAGAUAAAUUGAAAGGUGUGAACGUGCUGUUCAUGCAAAGCGACGGUGGAUUGACUCCAAUGAAUUCAUUCAACGGGUCUCGGGCCAUUCUUUCCGGCCCAGCGGGCGGAGUCGUCGGUUAUGCGAUGACCACGUACAGCAAAGAGACCGAUUUGCCCGUGAUUGGAUUCGAUAUGGGCGGUACUUCUACCGAUGUCAGUCGUUUCGGUGGUAGCUACGAGCACGUAUACGAGAGCACAACCGCAGGUGUCACGAUCCAAGCUGCACAGUUGGACGUGAACACAGUUGCGGCAGGAGGUGGAUCGAUGCUUUUCUUCAGGUCGGGUCUCUUCGAGGUCGGGCCCGAGAGCGCAGGGGCACAUCCUGGCCCAGCUUGUUACAAGAAGAACGGCCCCCUGGCUGUCACCGAUGCGAACCUCGCUCUCGGAAGACUUUUGCCCGAAUAUUUCCCGAAAAUAUUUGGCCCGAGUGAGAACGAACCGUUGGACAAGUCUCGAACGAUGGAAGCUUUUCAAAUUCUCACCGAUCAAAUAAACGAAUUUCUAGCGAAAGAGGGGCACGGCGCGAAGAUGAGCAUCGAGGAAGUGGCGAUGGGAUUCGUCAGAGUUGCUAACGAAACUAUGUGUCGACCGAUACGAGCUCUCACUCAGGCGAAAGGUUACGAUACAUCUCGCCACGUUUUGGCGUGUUUCGGGGGUGCAGGGGGACAACACGCGUGCGCCAUUGCGCGUUCUUUAGGAAUGGGAACUGUAUUCGUCCACAAAUAUGCCGGAAUUUUGUCAGCCUACGGAAUGGCAUUGGCUGACGUCGUAGAAGAGGCCCAAGAACCUAGCGCAGAGGUUUACGAACAGGAAUCGUUCGCACGUUUGGACGAACGAUUGGACGCCUUGGAGAGGAAAGUUCGUGCAAAGUUGGCUGCCCAAGCAUUCCCCGAAUCUCACAUAAAAACGGAACCUUUUCUACAUUUGCGUUAUCAAGGGACAGACUGCGCUCUAAUGUGUACGGCUAGCCAAGAUACCAAACACAAGGGCACGAAACACGGAGAUUUUCUCAGUACCUUUUUGGAAAGGUAUCAAACGGAGUUCGGUUUCACCAUGCCCAAUCGAAAGAUCCUGGUAAACGACGUGAGAAUAAGGGGUACGGGGAGAACAGACAUCGAGGAAGAUCCAAUUUUAUCUUCGUCCAACGAGCCGCCGAAAUUCGAAAAGACCACCAUGGUAUAUUUCGAGAACGGCUACCAGGAGACCAAAGUGUACCAGCUGCGCUCCCUGUCGCCCGGCCACGAGAUUCACGGACCGGCGAUCAUAAUGGACAGCCUGAGCACUCUUCUGAUCGAGCCUGAUUGCAAAGCGUCGAUCACGCCUCGCGGCGACGCGAGGAUAACGAUCGGCCAAGGAUCGAGAGCCGAGGUCACCACCGAAUUGGACACCAUUCAAUUGAGCAUAUUCUCUCAUCGUUUCAUGAGCAUCGCCGAACAAAUGGGCAGGAUCCUUCAGCGUACCGCAAUCUCGACCAAUAUUAAGGAGCGGCUGGAUUUUUCUUGCGCGAUUUUCGGACCUGAUGGCGGCCUCGUUUCCAAUGCCCCCCAUAUACCCGUGCACCUGGGCGCCAUGCAGGAGACCGUUCAAUACCAGAUGAAGGCGUUCAAGGGUGAAUUCGAGAGGGGAGACGCGAUCCUCGCGAAUCAUCCCCUGGCAGGGGGAUCCCAUCUUCCAGAUCUUACCGUCAUCACCCCUGUCUUUUACAAGGACGUGGAGAAGCCGGUGUUCUUCGUUGCCAGCAGGGGACACCAUGCCGAUAUUGGAGGAAUCACGCCUGGUUCCAUGCCUCCGCAUUCGACUUCUUUGCUUCAGGAAGGGGCGACGUUUAAAAGUUUCUUGUUGGUGCACAGAGGGGUAUUCAGGGAGAAGGAGUUAACGGAAGCGUUGAUGGAACCGGGAAAAAUUGCGGGGAGUUCCGGAACCAGGAAUCUGUCCGACAAUCUGAGCGAUCUCAAGGCUCAGAUCGCAGCCAAUCACAAAGGAUCGAUGUUGGUCAACGAGUUGAUCGAUAUAUACGGCCUCGACGUGGUGCAAGCUUACAUGGGUCACAUUCAACGCAACGCCGAAGUUGCCGUGAGAGAUAUGUUAAAAUCUGUCGGGAAAAGGCUUCUCGAGCAAACUGGAAACACCAGGGCAACUGCGAUCGAUUAUCUGGACGAUGGCAGCCCUAUUCGAUUCCUUUUGAACAUCGACGUGGACAAGGGUGAAGCGGUCUGCGAUUUCUCCGGCACGGGGUACGAAGUGUGGGGCAAUUGUAACGCACCCAGGGCCAUCACUCUUUCCGCGUUGAUUUAUUGUUUGAGAUGCAUAGUGGGCAGAGACGUUCCUUUAAACCAGGGUUGUCUGAAGCCUGUAAAGGUAAUAAUUCCAAAGGGAUCGCUUCUGGAUCCUUCGGAGGAGGCAGCGGUGGUCGGUGGCAACGUUCUCACGUCGCAACGCGUGGUCGACGUGGUUCUACGAGCUUUCGGUGCUUGCGCAGCGUCACAAGGCUGCAUGAACAACGUGACGCUCGGCACCGAAGAGUGGGGUUAUUACGAAACUGUCGCCGGGGGCAGUGGAGCCGGCCCGACCUGGGACGGCAGAGGAGGGGUGCACACUCACAUGACCAACACGAGAAUCACCGACCCGGAGAUACUGGAACUUCGUUACCCGCUCAUUCUUAAUAAGUUUUCCCUUCGAACCGGAAGCGGAGGAGCCGGGGCCCAUCGAGGAGGCGACGGAGUUGUCCGCGAAACGACGUUCAGAGCGCCUAUGACGUUGUCCAUAUUAACGGAAAGAAGGGUAAAUAGCCCGCCUGGAUUGGCUGGGGGAGGAUCGGGUCGAAAAGGAAGGAACACGUUGGUAAAAGCCGACGGUAGAAAGAUCAAUCUCGGCCCGAAAACCGCGGUACCCGUUUAUCCAGGGGACACGUUUAUACUGGAAACUCCCGGAGGCGGUGGCUACGGUCCUCCCGGAGUUGAGAAAUCCGAGGGAUCGAUUCGGAGAGAAGCUCGAGGAUUCGUGGAACGCGGAAGCGUGUUCGAAUACAGAAAAGCUCAAGAAUCUGUGUGACGCGUGACCAUGAGCUCGCAUGAUAUCGCUCGAAAAUUAAUUACGGCUGUAGAAUGCGCAUAAUAUUCUUAUCUUUGUAACUGUAUCGAUCGGAGACAAUAAAUAGCGAGCAAUCUAUACUCGAUAAUAACC